AUGACUAUUCUCGUUGGAAAGCCCUUGUCAUGGGCUAUUACUACCACUGCAGGAAGUGGGUUCCUGCUAUUCGGCUAUGAUCAGGGUGUCAUGUCUGGUCUGUUGACCGGGACGGCCUUUACUCGAACAUUUCCGGAGAUAGACACCACCGCCACGGGACAUGGGAGUUCCUCGUUGCAGGGAACGGUCACUGCCAUCUAUGAGAUCGGAUGCUUCUUCGGGGCGAUCAUUGCCUUAUUGAUUGGUGAACGUAUCGGUCGGCGGUGGUGCAUCAUAGCUGGCUGCAUUAUUCUUUCGAUCGGAGCUGCAUUGCAGUGCAGUGCGUAUAGUAUCCCUCACUUGAUUGUGGGCCGGAUUGUGGCUGGGGUUGGGAAUGGUCUCAAUACUAGUACUAUUCCGGUCUGGCAUUCGGAGCUGAGCAAGGCAGCGAGUCGUGGAAAGGGGCUUGCGAUUGAGCUAUGUAUCAACAUUUUUGGCGUGAUGACGGCAUACUGGGUUGAUUACGGAAUGAGUUACGUGGUCAACGAUGCGCAGUUCCGCUUUCCCAUUGCCUUGCAGAUUCUCUUUGCCGUAAUCACCUUAGCAGGUAUUAUCGUGCUUCCCGAGUCCCCUCGCUGGCUUAUUGCCCAUGGACGACACGACGAAGCACGACAUGUGAUCUGGGCCGUCCAGCCUAACGCCCGACUCAUUGACGAGGACGACGCUGCAGUGACCGCCGAUGUCACAGAAAUAACUACCGCAAUCGCUGAAGAGCGAGAGGCCACGCAAGAAGGGUCAUUCAAGCUGGUCUUCACAAACGGCCACCAGAAGUUCUUCUAUCGGACGCUGCUGGGAAUGGGUGGGCAGAUGAUGCAGCAGCUGUCGGGUGUCAAUCUGAUUACAUACUAUAAUACGGUUAUCUUCGAGGAUUCAGUUGGCAUGAGCCAUAACCUGGCGUUGUUGAUGGCUGGGUUCAACGGCGUGGCGUAUUUCGCUUCAACAUUUGUUCCUAUCUGGGCUAUUGAUCGGCUGGGUCGUCGGAAAUUGAUGCUCUUUGCGGCGGCCGGGCAAUGCGCGUGCAUGGCGAUACUGGCGGGCACAGUAUAUGACGGUAGCCAUGCAUCUGGUAUCGUGGCCACGGUCAUGUUGUUUCUGUUCAACUUCUUCUUUGGUGUGGGGUUGCUAGCUAUUCCCUGGUUGUUGCCCGCCGAAUAUGCUCCUCUCUCCAUUCGAUCUCAAGCUGCGGCUCUAGCCACAGCUACAAACUGGAUCUUUACCUUCCUGGUGGUGGAGAUCACCCCAGUCAGCAUUAAGAGCAUUGGCUAUCGCACGUAUAUCUAUUUUGCCGUGUUCAAUUUCUUCUUCCUCCCCUUGAUUUAA